AUCUCGCUACCACUAGCUAGUCCACUAUUACCGUGGUCGCCAUCGAGAAACCAAGUGGCAUUGAACGGAAUCUACCGGUACUGAUACUCGCUGAGUUAUAGAGCAUCAUGGUUGAAAGUAUUUAAGCGUUUAUUCGCCCCCGAGAUCCAUGAUACCAGUCCCCCUUUCUCCUUCGUCUCGUGUGUUGGGAGCCAGCCAGCCAGUCGGUCAGUCAGCUUCAUCUUUCUUUUAGACGACAACAGGACGGGAUAUUUCAUUAUCGUAGCUACAAUACGGUAUUCCUCCCACUUCAAAUUGACCUUCUUUUUUCUCCCCCCCCCCGGCCUUUCUUCCUAACUCAGUUCUGUCUCGGCCAGUUUGUUAACCUGCAGUCAGCCAAUAAACCAGUACUGCACCCCUCCUGUCACACCCUUUCUAUUGUGUGUAGUCCAGGGUAUAUAUUGUGUUUUAAUUGGGUCAGCGGCCGGGGUCUGCAUAGAAGGUCAACUACUUGGAUUUGGUUGAAGCACCUGGGGAGUUCCUUUUUAACACCUGGGUUGCCCCCCCUCGAUCCCAAAUUUUCUUCCCUCCCAUACCAAGACUCUCGAACUCCGGAUAAAGCUCGAAAAGUAAGUCCCAAUAUCAGAAGCUUUUUGCUCUCAACCUCGAGCACGAGCUUCUUCCCUCCCUUCCGUCCCGGUUUUCUUUCUUUCUUUCUUUCUUCUUCCCUUUCCCUUUCGACGGCUUGUCUGAUCGAGCAGAGCUAUAUUCUGACAAUACUCAAAGGAUGUCGCUAGAGGGGAGUACCAUUGAGAAGGAGGUGAAGCACGUUGAUGGAGCCAUUACCCCGGACUCGCUGGAGUCCUCGGACGCUGCCUCCUUCGACGAGAAGAGAACGAAGAAGCUUCUGAGGAAGCUGGAUUGGCAUCUUGUGCCCUUUUUGGCGCUUCUUUACUUGUGAGCUCCCUCCCCGAGUGAUGUUUUGUGGCCCUGUCAACGUGGGAGGGCUCUUUCCCUUUUUCUUUUUUCUUUGGCGUUAUUUUUCUUUUUGCUGCCAACCGUGAACUGACCGAGCGUGCUUGUCGUCAUGUUCUAGACUUUCAUUCCUGGAUCGCACAAAUAUUGGCAAUGCGCGCUUGGCCGGGCUUGAGAAGGACCUCGGCAUGUCGGGUCUCGACUACAAUGUAAGUGGCGCGCGAUGAUUUGCGCUCCGCCUCGCGAGAUCGUGCGACUAACCGCUUGUUUCUCAAUCGCAAUAGGUUGCUCUCGCAGUCUUCUUCCCUUGGUAUGUCGCGGCCGAAGUCCCUAGCAACCUCAUGAUGAAGAGGACCCGCCCUUCUCUCUGGCUCACCAUCAUCAUGGUUGCUUGGGGCAUCACCAUGACUCUCAUGGGUUUGGUCACCAACUAUGUCGGCCUCUUGAUCUGUCGUAUGGCUCUCGGCUUGGCAGAGGGUGGUCUGUUCCCCGGUGUCACUUUCUACAUCACCAUGUGGUAUAGACGUCACGAAUGCGGUCUUCGCAUGGCAAUCUUCUUCUCUGCUGCUACCCUUGCCGGUGCCUUCGGUGGUCUCUUGGCUAGAGGUAUCUCCGAGAUGGCAGGUGUUGGGGGGAGGCCUGGAUGGGCCUGGAUUUUCAUUCUGGAGGGAUUGGUUACAGUGAUUGUUGGUGAGACUAGCUUCAACCCUUGCAUCUAAAAGGGUCGCGAUUACUGAACCAAAUUUCUAGCCUUUGUCGCGAUCUGGGCCAUCAAUGAUUACCCCGAGACGUGAGUAGCCGCGCCUAUUUUGUCCCUCCAAGAUUGUUGAUCACUAAACCCGCGGCUAACUUUUCCUAAUAGCGCUAAAUUCCUCACGGCGGAAGAGCGCAACGAAGUCCACCGCCGCCUAAAGGCCGACAGGACCUCCCUCGCGGACGAGUACAACAUCAAGUACUUUUUCCAUGCCAUCAAGGAUUGGAAGAUCUACGUGCACAUGCUCAUCACCAUCGGAAUCUACACCCCUCUCUACUCCUUCUCCCUCUUCCUCCCGACCAUCGUGAAGAACAUGGGUUACACCAACAAGGAGUCGCAACUGAUGUCCGUCCCGCCCUACGUCUUUGCCUGUAUCUGCACCAUCGGCGCCGGCUACCUUGCCGACCGCUCGAAGCAGCGCGGGAUCUUCAUGAUCAGCGCCUGCCUGACCUCCAUCAUCGGAUUCACCAUGUUGAUCUCCACCCACAAGCCCGGCGUCCAGUACCUCGGCACCUUCCUCGCCGCCGGUGGUAUCUACCCGAACGUCCCCAUGGGAGUCGCAUGGAACGGUAACAACAUUGGCGGCUCCACCAAGCGUGGUGUCGGAAUCGCGAUGCACGUCGGUUUCGGUAACUUGGGCGGUAUCAUCGCCGCGUUCGCUUACCGCUCCACUGAUGCACCCAGGUUCUUUUCCGGACACGGUCUGCUCAUCGCCACGACUAGCAUGAGUCUCGCGCUCUGCUGCUUCAUGACUGUGUACCUGAGGAAGGAGAAUGCCAGACGUGACGCCCUCAUGAUCAGUCAGGGACUCACGCUCGAAAGCUACUCCGAUGGGAUGAAGGAUAAGGAGAGGGAGAAGGGUGAUAAUGCUACUGUGAGUUGUUUUCCCCCGUUCUCACCAAAGCAAUCCAAGAACGUAAAUACUAACAAUGAGAAUAGUUCUUCCGUUACACCAUCUAAGCUCUUUCUACGACCUAUUAAUCUGUUGCUUAUCCUAUUGUUUGUUUUGCUUUCCUUCCCAUUUUCAUUUCCUUUCCGAUACACCUUUUUAUUUUACUUUAUUCAACCAUCUAUAUAUAUAUCACAACGGGUCAUUUCCUUCCCCUUUCUUUUAACGUCCGGGGGAGGGGAUAUGUACGGGAAAUCCAUUUUUGUAAUACAUAACUGUAUGAAUGGAGGGGAGCACGUACAAAAAUUUUCC